AUGUCAGCUAGAAAUAGGCGAAGGUGUACGUCGAAAGCUAUCUUCUCUCAAAUUUAUUUAGGAACAUCAUCCGACUGGUCCUUUACUCUUCGGGUGCUGAGCUUGACACAUGAGCAUGUAUAUCAAGAACCACUUCCUACCGAAGCUCUGCUGUUCGAUGGCGCUACAUAUGAUCUCGAAUGGGAUGGCCAACCAUCUUUACACAGCACCGAUACUGUGAAAUUUCGCUGUGGGCAACUCUACCAUCUCUUUGAUGAUGAUGAAUGUGUGCACAAUGUCAACGAAUUGUACUCUCAACUAAGGCCGAAUCCCACUUCUGGUUUAUGGUAUAUCCAUUUUCUCAUGAUGGCUUUUGGUAAGGGAUUUGUUCAGCAAAAGCCUCGGGGAAAAAACUCCAGGGCCGCAUAUUUUGUCAAAGCCGUACAGCUGCUGCCAAAUAAGAUCUUUCUCUAUCAAGAGCCCAUUGAGUCAACGGAGAUCUUGUGCUGUAUUUCACUUUGCCUGCAAGCCUUGAAUUAUCGCUCACCUGCACACAACUAUGUAAGGUGCCAUGCCUAUCUCCGCGAUCCCUUGGUGUAUUUGUUACUUACCCGUUGA